UUAUGUUCACGUUUACAUAUAUCUUUUAUGUGUCUAUUUAAAGCACAUUUAACAUACAUUAUGCCUGAGAUGCUUAAAACAAUAUUGGAACUUAAAGCUAAUUCAAAUCUCCCGGUAAACACAUCUGUAAAGAAAUGAUAGUAGAUUUCUAUAAUUCGACACUACUUUUCGCGCUCACUAGAAUAAACAGUCCAGGCGCACAUGAAAAAUUGCAAUUUAUAACCUCUGUGAUCUGUCGGUCUGUGAUCUAUGCCAUUUACUUUUAUUAAAUUAUAUAUAAUUCAUAUAAUCAGUAUAAUUGAGUGUAAAGAACUGAAUUAAAAUGGAAAUUGAAGAAAAUGUCGAUGAUUUUAAUGACAGUUGCUCAGAUAGCGAUUUAGCGGAUAUAGAGGAGUUAAAUUCACUUUUUCUGCCAUGCCACAAUGUGUCCAGCCAAUCUGUAGGCCCAAAGUAUAUUCUACAUAUUUCAGCGACUAAUGAUACAAAUUGCAAUAUUGUCACGGCACUCUCAGAUGCCAGUUGCGAUGUAUUCAAUCUAACAGAAAGUCAGCUACACAAACUAAAUAAAUUCCAGGAACAUAAUCAGAAGCUAAUUGACUGCAAAUUUAGUUCAGAUAAUAGGAAUCUAUUUUUCACUGGGUCCAGUGAUGGAACAAUCAAAAUUUGGGAUCUUAGAGUGCCGACAGAAUCUGUAAUCACAUUUAAAGAUACAACUCUAACGGAAGGAAGCUCAGUAAAACCGCUAAGCUCCUUUGAUGUAUCUCCCUCUAAUAUUUUAUUGGCCGCUGGGACUGAAUUGACUGAUGGCGAUGCAUAUAUUUUAUUUUGGGAUAUACGGAAUACUGCUUUAUUAGGCGCUUACUGGGAAAGUCAUACUGACGAUAUAACGCAGGUGAAAUUCCACCCAAAUGAUAGUAAUAAGCUAAUAUCGGGCUCAACGGAUAAGUUAAUCAACAUUUACAAUCUUUUGGAAUCCAACGAGGAUGAUGCGUUGCAAGAGUGUUUGAACACCGAGGCGUUGGUAGAAGAGUUGCAGUGGUUUAAUGUUGGUAAACAGUGGAAGAUUAGUUGUGUUACUUCCACAAAUGAUCUCCAGUUAUGGGAAACGGAUGGCGCCGAACCCUACAAAUGUCUUAGCAGAGUGGACAUUGCUUCGCAAAUUAAGAAAAAUCCUGGCAACACAUACAUAGCGGCAAUACACCCUCUGAGGAAUUCUCUGUUUGCUUUAUGUGGAUCAAAUAAUUCACUCAGAAGUUUAAACAUUUCAACACACGAUUUAAAUUCUGGUUUUCAAUGUCUGGAAAAUACUCAGCGCGUGAGAAGUAGUUGGAUUAAUGAACAUACAAAUCUUCUUUUGACCGGAGGGGAAAAAGGAAAAUUAGAUGUUUGGAAACCAGAUUUUAGUCAAUUGAAUUUAAAGGAUUUGAAACGAAAAAAUGGUUCCCAAUGAUACUUUUUCAUUUAAUGAUCCAUUAAUUUAUGAAACCUUUUUAUAGAAAGUUAAUUAAAAAACCUUUGUACAUGUUAUAAUGAUGUUUGCAACAAAAGUCCUCAUUCGUUGCCUUCCAGUAAACAAUUCAUUUAAAGCAUAUUGAUCGUGAGCUCAUGAUCAGGUGAUUAACUGCGUUUUGUAUAAACACUAAUUUAUGCAAUAUAAAAUAUUGCAACUGCAGCUGUUUCCAUGACGAAAAAUAGCAAAGAAGCUUGUCACGAAAAUCAAAGUAUUGAUGUAACAUUCAAUUUUGCAAGAUGGGAACUUCAGAAACAAGCAGAGAACUAAAAGAUUUAUAUUUAAAGUUACAAUCUGAUUUGGAUUCAGAUAAAAGAUAUUGGAUAAGAAACGAUGCAAAGUUGAAGGCCGUAGUUACUUCGAAAUCUUAUGACGAAUUCAGGGAAAUUGUGGAAGCUGCUCACCUAAAACCACUCUCGAAGGAGGAUUGCAAGAAGAAAGCAGCGGUGAGCUGGAAUAAAUCAUCAUCUAAUCCGUAAAAAAACUAAUAAAUAGGUAGACCCUUUUAUUUGAUUUAAAUAAAAGUUACUACCUAGUUUCUAUUUAAA